CAGAGCAGAUGGAAUAGCUGUCGCGCGCUUCGCCCAGAUUGUUUGUUUUGUUUAACUGAGUUAUUCUGUGAGAUGCCUCGCUUCCAUGCCGGUUUCCGUACUAGUGGGAAGUAACAGAACGCUGAUUUUUCGCAGUCUUUCUGUUGCUACAGUAUGUUACUGAGUUGUCCCCCGCCUGCUGUUUGACCACAGCUGGAGCACGAGCGCUGUUCGCGGUGCUGAAAGCAUCAAGUGCGCGAGGAGAGCGGAGGUCUCCGAGGCUCUGGAGAGCAAUGAGGAGAAAUGAGCUCUCCUUGGCGGGCUUUUUACUCGCCUGGAAAGUAGUGCUCUUACUCAGUGUGGGUCAGUGUAAGGAGGUGGAUAAUGCUGCGAGGACACGGCAGGCCCCAAUGUCUCCCUCGGAUUUCCUGGACAAACUGAUGGGAAGGACCUCUGGAUAUGAUGCUAGGAUAAGACCGAACUUCAAAGGUCCUCCAGUCAAUGUUUCCUGUAACAUUUUCAUCAACAGCUUUGGCUCCAUUGCUGAAACCACCAUGGACUACCGUGUGAAUAUCUUUCUCCGUCAGCAAUGGAAUGAUCCCAGGCUUGCCUAUUCUGAAUACCCAGAUGACUCUCUGGACCUGGACCCCUCUAUGUUAGACUCCAUAUGGAAACCAGACCUGUUCUUUGCCAAUGAGAAGGGAGCCCACUUUCAUGAAGUCACUACAGACAACAAACUGCUCAGGAUAUUUAAGAAUGGAAAUGUUUUGUACUCUAUAAGACUAACAUUAACUCUGUCAUGUCCUAUGGAUCUGAAAAACUUCCCUAUGGAUGUUCAGACCUGUAUCAUGCAGCUUGAAAGCUUUGGUUACACCAUGAACGACCUGAUCUUUGAGUGGCAGGCGAAUGGACCGGUGCAAGUGGCCGAAGGCCUCACGCUUCCACAGUUCAUUCUCAAAGAUGACUCAGAUCUCAGAUACUGCACUAAGCACUACAACACAGGUAAAUUUACUUGUAUUGAAGUGCGAUUCCACCUGGAGCGUCAGAUGGGCUACUACCUGAUCCAGAUGUAUAUCCCAUCUCUGCUCAUUGUCAUUCUGUCCUGGGUCUCCUUCUGGAUCAGCAUGGAUGCUGCUCCAGCCAGAGUAGCACUGGGCAUCACCACUGUCCUCACAAUGACAACACAGAGCUCGGGAUCCAGGGCUUCACUGCCUAAGGUUUCAUAUGUCAAGGCCAUAGACAUCUGGAUGGCAGUGUGUCUGCUCUUCGUCUUCUCUGCACUGUUGGAGUAUGCUGCUGUUAACUUUGUGUCAAGGCAACAUAAAGAGUUGCUGCGAUUCAAACACCAACACAAGAACAAGAGCAAGAACAGUGGAGGUGCAGUUGAUCCAGGGGAGCUAGCUGAGUCCCUUCGCCGUGUUAACAAUGACAGUGGCCUCAAACCAUCAGACCCUCUAUAUGGAUCUAGGGCUAACAUCUACACAAACAACCACAGG